CGACACUUCCUUCGGUCUCUGUGAACAGCGAGUAACUGAGGACGGAGGCGCCAUUUUGAGAGAAGUUCUGAAGCUACCAUCAAAAUGUACCCGUCCACACUGACACAGUUGGCCCGGGUCAAUCCCUUCCAUGCACCGCUGUUCACUUUGCAAGCAGAGGAACCGAAACAGAACAUCAGAGCUACUGGACAGAGCCGCAGGCUAGCGGCCGCUGCGGUAGACGACUCAGAUGUCAGCUGUGAGUUUGGCUCUAUGAAAUACUACGCCCUCUGUGGUUUUGGGGGCAUCCUGAGCUGCGGCAUCACACAUACGGCUGUUGUACCACUCGACUUGGUCAAGUGCCGUCUCCAGGUGGACCCCAACAAGUACAAGAGCAUAUUCAAUGGCUUCUCAGUGACUGUUAAGGAGGACGGUGUCCGUGGGCUGGCUAAGGGAUGGGCUCCAACCUUCAUUGGAUACUCCAUGCAGGGUCUCUGCAAGUUUGGCUUCUAUGAGGUGUUCAAGAUUCUCUACAGUGAUUUUCUUGGAGAGGAAAAUGCUUACUUGUGGAGGACCUCACUCUACUUGGCAGCAUCUGCAAGCGCUGAGUUCUUUGCUGAUAUAGCACUGGCCCCUAUGGAGGCAUGUAAAGUGCGUAUUCAGACUCAGCCAGGCUAUGCCAACACCCUGAGAGAGUGUGCCCCCAAGAUGCACGCUGAAGAGGGGCUCUGGGCGUUUUAUAAGGGUGUGGCACCUCUUUGGAUGAGGCAGAUUCCAUACACCAUGAUGAAGUUCGCUUGCUUUGAGCGCACUGUGGAGCUGCUCUACAAGUAUGUGGUGCCCAAGCCCCGCAGCGAGUGCUCCAAGCCCGAACAGCUGGUGGUCACAUUUGUUGCAGGCUACAUCGCUGGCGUGUUCUGUGCCAUCGUGUCCCACCCUGCCGACUCUGUGGUGUCCGUUCUGAACAAGGAGAAGGGAAGCACAGCCAUGGAGGUGCUGAAGAGGCUUGGACCUAUGGGUGUGUGGAAGGGUCUCGUUGCCCGUAUCAUCAUGAUCGGUACACUCACAGCCCUGCAGUGGUUCAUCUACGACUCUGUAAAGGUCUACUUCCGCUUGCCACGUCCUCCUCCCCCCGAGAUGCCCGAGUCUCUGAAGAAGAAGCUGGGUCUCACUGAGUAGAGCUACUUUUUCCAGUCUCCUAGUGUCUGCACCACUUCACACACCUGUUUUAUAUAUUUAAACCAGUACUGCGGACCUUCCAAUCAUACUGCUCAACGGCCCAUCAACUGGAGAGGGUGGAAGGUUUAUGGAGGAAUCAAGAGAUGAAUGCUAUGUGUGGAUUAAACUCUUGGUGUUAUUUUGUCAGUAGUAAUAAUAAAACUAAACCUCCAAGU